ACCCUACUCCUUUGAGCCACAGGCACUGCCCUUCUUUCUCUUUUUUUUUUUAAGUAGAGAUGGAGGUCUUGCUCUUGCGUAGGUUGGUGUAGAACUCCUGACCUUGAGCAGUCCUGCCUCAGCCUCCCAGAGUGCUAGGAUUAUAGGUGUGAACUAGCUCACCAGGCCCUUUUUCUCUUUAACUAUGGUAUCAGUGAGCCCCUCUGAAUGUGGUGAUUAAUUAUAUUAAGAAUGGUUAUAUUUGGGCGGUGCCUGUGGCUCAGUGAGUAGGGCGCUGGCCCCAUAUGCCCAAGGUGGCGGGUUCAAACCCAGCCCCGGCCAAACUGCAAGAAAAAAAUAGCCGGGCGUUGUGGCGGGUGCCUGUAGUCCCAGCUGCUCAGGAGGCUGAGACAGAGAAUCGCGUAAGCCCAAGAGUUAGAGGUUGCUGUGAGCUGUGUGACGCCACGGCACUCUACCUGAGUGCCUCUGUCUCUACAAAAAAAAAAAAAAGAAUGGUUAUAUUUAACCGGGACUUGUGGCGGGCACCUGUAGUUCCAGCUACUAGGGAAGCUGAGGCAAGAGAACCGCUUGAGUCCAAGAGUUUGAGGUUGAUGCUACAGCACUCUACCGAGAGUGACAAACAGCAUGUGGAAUGAAAAGACCCAUGGCAUCUGAGGUGUCUCAUACUUCUGGCAUGCCCAUUAAGAAAAUAGGCCACCGAGGUGUUGAUUCCUCAGGAGAGACUACAUAUAAAAAGACAACCUCAUCAGCCUUGAAAGGUGCCAUCCAGUUGGGUAUUACUCACACUGUGGGGAGCCUGAGUACUAAACCUGAGCGGGAUGUUCUCAUGCAAGAUUUCUACGUAGUGGAGAGUAUCUUCUUUCCCAGUGAAGGGAGCAACCUAACUCCUGCUCAUCACUACAAUGACUUUCGUUUCAAGACCUAUGCACCUGUUGCCUUCCGCUACUUUCGGGAGCUAUUUGGCAUCCGGCCUGAUGAUUACUUGUACUCCCUCUGCAGUGAACCACUGAUUGAACUGUGCAACUCUGGAGCUAGUGGUUCCCUCUUCUAUGUAUCCAGCGAUGACGAAUUCAUCAUUAAAACAGUCCAACAUAAAGAGGCGGAGUUUCUGCAGAAGCUGCUUCCAGGAUACUACAUGAACCUGAACCAGAACCCUCGGACUUUGUUGCCUAAAUUCUAUGGACUGUACUGUGUGCAAGCAGGUGGCAAGAACAUUCGAAUUGUGGUGAUGAAUAAUCUCUUACCACAUUCAGUCAAAAUGCAUAUCAAGUAUGACCUUAAGGGCUCAACCUACAAACGACGGGCUUCUCAAAAAGAGCGAGAGAAGCCUCUCCCCACGUUUAAAGACCUGGACUUCUUACAAGACAUCCCUGAUGGUCUUUUUUUGGAUGCUGACAUGUACAAUGCCCUUUGUAAGACCCUGCAGCGUGACUGUCUGGUGCUGCAGAGCUUUAAGAUAAUGGACUAUAGCCUCUUGAUGUCAAUCCACAACAUUGAUCAUGCACAACGAGAGGCAUUAAACAGUGAAACACAAUACUUGGUUGACACUCGCAGACCAGCCCCUCAAAAGGCUCUCUAUUCUACAGCCAUGGAAUCCAUCCAGGGCGAGGCUCGAAGAGGUGGCACCAUGGAAACUGAUGACCAUAUGGGUGGCAUUCCUGCCCGGAAUAGUAAAGGGGAAAGGCUCCUGCUUUAUAUUGGCAUCAUUGACAUUCUGCAGUCUUACAGAUUUGUUAAGAAGUUGGAACACUCUUGGAAAGCCCUAGUACAUGAUGGGGACACUGUAUCGGUGCAUCGCCCGGGCUUCUAUGCUGAACGGUUCCAGCGCUUCAUGUGCAACACAGCAUUUAAGAAGAUUCCCUUGAAGCCCUCUCCUUCCAAAAAGUUUCGGUCUGGCUCAUCUUUCUCUCGGCGAGCAGGACCGAGCAGCAAUUCUUCCGUUAAUUACCAGCCAUCGUUCUCUGGGGAACACAAGGCACAAGUGACAACAAAGGCGGAAGUUGAGCCAGGCAUUCACAUUGGUCGUCCUGAUGUUUUACCUCAGACUCCACCUUUGGAGGAAAUCAGCGAGGGGUCGCCUAUUCCUGACCCCAGUUCCUCACCUGUAGUUGAAGAGAAUUUGCAAAUGCUAACUACAAGUGAGCGAAAACCCUCAGAAUUUCUGGAACAAGGAUCUACAAUCUCUGUGAUUUCAAGAUGUCAGUUCUUGCCCCAGCAAUGCUGAAUUUUCUUCUUGGUCAUCAAAAAAGGAGUAUAAUGGAGUGAGUGGCGCUCUCCAUCACCUUCCUAAAGAAGAAUCUCUUUUCCUUCCCCUUCCUCAUACAUGGACAUUAGUGCCUCAGACACUUGAAGAUCGCAGCAUCUCUUCCACUCCAGAGUUGGGUGGCACGAAUUUUCAACUGGCUAACCUUGGCUUCCAUAAUUGAAUAUUUUUCAAACCCCCAUUUUUCAUGUUGGAAAUGGAGUUGCAGGACAUGGUGGUUUUGUUAACCCUCAUCUACAUCUCACCAGGAGCUGGACUCUUAAUUUCCUCAUGACAGACUAGCUGGCACAUUUUCCUACUUUAGUCUUUCUCUCUGGUACCUAGAAGACCCCUUUAAACUUUGUAAAUGUUUUUCGGGUAGUAUGGUUUUUAACCAUCUCCCAGCCUCUUUUUUUUUUUUCCUUAAAAAAGGAAAAGAACAAACAGUACACAAUUUUGUGCCAGUUUCAGAUCAAAGCUUUAGAAGGGUUGAAGAGAUGCCUGUUUAUAGCUUUCCCUCAGAAGAGACCUAGUGUUUGCAGAGAAGUGUAUUGGUUGCCAAGAGCAGCUCCUCUUUAACUCCUCCUCUCUUGAUGAAUUUCUUAAAGGCUGAAGGAAUAGAGAGAGUGAAAUAUGGGGUAAUGAUUACCCCUUUUGUUAAAACUAGGGUAGUCAUGUGGCUGAGAGAUCAGAGCCCUUCUUAGGUAGGACCCUACUCACUGCCAGCCCGUAAUGAUUAUUACUAUUUUGCAAUUCGAAAUGUAUUCUGAUUGUUUUUUAAAUACGAAGACUUAUGAAUUUUAGAUCAUUCUCCAAAGGAGAUUUUUUUGCUCUUCCCACCUUUUCCAACAGUGUUCUGCUGUUUAUGGAGCUAAGAUGGAGAGGGGGGCACCUGUGUCUGUUUAACAGGCAGUCCUUAUUUGUGAGGCUAGAGAAUAAUUUCUUACAACUCAUGGUCAGCCAGAAGAUUCUUGCCUUGGUGAGGUCAUUGCUGUGCUGCAUGUCCUGCCCCCUGUCUUUAUGCAGAGAGGGUGGAAAUGGGGGCUACAAACGCUGUCUCCUCCCCAUCUCCAAGAGUUUCGGUCCUCUUUCUUAUCCUUUCACUUUUGUCAGGGGAAGAAGGGGGCCUGAUGUCUCAGGCAGAUUGUUGAAUUCCCAUACUAUCCCUUCUCUACCCCCACCCUACCUUGAUAGUAGGUUAGCCCAUACCCCAAAUAACUGUCUAUAUUAGACACCCCCAGCCAGUUUUUGGCUUCCUGUCUUUGCUGCCAUGUUCUUUUUUUACAAGAAAGAAAGAAUUCUUGCUAUUUUUUUUCAUAAUUUACUAUUUAUGAUGUAUUUAAGUGUUUUAUUCAGGACAGAGUUCUGUAAGGGAUGGGAGGGAAUAUUUGAGGGAGGGCUGGGUUUUGGGGAAAGGAAUGGGAAAAUCAACAACUUUAUGAAGUGUCACUGUUUGCCUCUACUUUGUAUUGUUCAGAAAUGGCAAAUGCAAUAUAAGUGAUAAAUAUCUGGUUUUAAUGUAUUAAACUUUAAUCAGUUAUUU